UUAGCAUUCCCCUACCACAAAGUAAGAAGGUAACCAUAACCCCCUUUCUUUCCCCCAAAAAAACUUUCAUUCUCCUAGAAUGGCUUCUUCUUCUUCUUCUUCUUCUUCUUCUUCUUCUUCUUCUUCUUCCAUGUUGGUAACUUCCCUCCUCCUCUUUGCCUUCAAUGUAUGCCUUCGUGGUGUCUACGGUGACUAUGGCGGCGGUUGGACAGAUGCCCAUGCCACAUUUUACGGUGGAGGUGACGCUUCUGGCACAAUGGGGGGAGCAUGUGGGUAUGGAAACUUGUACAGCCAAGGGUACGGGACGAGCACGGCGGCGCUAAGCACGGCAUUAUUUAACAAUGGAAUGAGUUGUGGAGCUUGUUACGAAUUGAAAUGCAAUGACGAUCCAAGAUGGUGCCUACAAGGAAGCAUUAUAGUAACAGCAACUAAUUUCUGCCCACCAAACUAUGCAUUGGCUAAUAACAAUGGUGGAUGGUGUAAUCCUCCUCUUCAACAUUUUGAUUUGGCUGAGCCUUCUUACUUGAAGAUUGCUCAAUAUCGUGCUGGAAUUGUUCCCGUUUCCUUUAGAAGGGUGCCUUGUGUAAGAAAGGGAGGAAUAAGGUUCACAAUCAACGGACACUCCUACUUCAACUUGGUCCUCGUCACCAAUGUUGGCGGUGCCGGUGACGCUCACUCCGUUUCGAUAAAAGGUUCAAAAACUGGAUGGCAAGCGAUGUCACGGAACUGGGGUCAAAAUUGGCAAAGCAACUCCUACCUCAAUGGCCAAACCCUCUCCUUCCAAGUUACCUCUAGUGAUGGAAGGACUAUUACUAGCAACAACAUUGUUCCUAGUGGUUGGCAAUUUGGUCAAACUUUUGAAGGAGGACAAUUUUGACUUUAAAUCCAACAACAUUUCUAAAGGAAAAUAAUUUCCUAUGAAAUUUCUUCAACAAAUUAGGAAGAUAAUUCAGAAAUCUGUAAAUGGCCUGUAAUUUUGCUGUGGUGCCUAUAUUCGCACCCGCUAAAAGGUCAUUUUCCUUUAUAAUUAUAUAGAGAUACGUAGGCUCGUGUUUUUUUCAGGGAGUCCGUUUUCUAUAAGAAAAUGAUGUUCUUUUGCUCGAUUUUAAUGGGCUAUAGAACAUCCUUCUUUUUACUUAGAUCAUCUUGAUUUUGGCGGGUGGUGUAAUGUAAUCUUGUUUUACAUCAAUGUAGUAUGAAUUUUUAUCAAGGUAUUACAAACCUUAUCUUUCGGUUCA